AUGAAAUAAUAUCAUGAAUUUGAUACUAGUUUGACUCCUAUUCAAAGAUUGAUUUUAUUUCAUGAUGGUUCCAUGACUAAAUUUUUAGAAUUGUAUUUCGCUUAAAAUGUUUAAACAUAACUUCUUAAAGAAUCCUCAUUAUUUUAUGAUGAUUAUUUAUAUGAUUGGAAAUAAUUCAUUCCAGAUGCUCAAAUCUAAAGAGAAGUUAUUUUAAACAAUUAAACUUAAGGUAAUCUUAUAUAUGCUAGAUCUUUAUGGACAAAAAUCAAUUAUGAUAAAAUCAUGUAAACUAAUAAACAUAAUGCUAUCGGUAAAAAUCUAUAAAAUAAAUAAAUAUCAUAAAGAAGACAAAUCCUUAUUGCUUGUUAAACUAAAUUACCAAAAUCAAGUAAUCUACCAACACAAGAUGUUUUAAGUAGAGCAUAUCUAAUUUAUUAAGAAGAUUAAUUACUUAUGUAUAUAGAAGAAUAUAUGUUAUUUUGA